UAAAUGUAAUAAAAUAUGUCCUUUUUAUGAUAAGAGAGAGGUUGGACUAACUAUGUGUAUGAAUAUUAUAGAGUAUAUUAUGUUUAAUCUGUUUAUUAUAUGUUUGCAAAUGGCGUUCAAUACUAAUAGUAGUGAUUGAGUAGUGAGUCGUCACUGAAGUUGAUGUUUGUGUCAAACAUUGUGGACGACAACAACAAUCACAUCUAAAGACUGGAUCAAACUAUUUGAUCACACAUUAUGCUCAACACUAAUACAGGAGACAUCACUACAGUUCAGGAGACUAUCAACAACAACAACAACAGUGAUGACAACAACAAAGUGAUUGUUAACAACAAUAUUAUCAUCAAUAAGACUGAGAUGAACCACACCAUCGGUGUAAACCAUUGAUGACAUUACCUCAACCAUUACCACAACUAUCGACGACAUCUACAACCACCACAUCGACCCCUACAUCCCUUCCCGGAGCUCUUCCGGCCAGUGGUUACAUAUCGCAGGUAGUGGCCAACACAUCGAGUUUACCGAUGAGUGGAGUGGCGGCUAAUCAAGUAAUGAAGAAUCUAAUGUCAAACGGUAACACCGGUCUGAAUGUCGGCAACAACACCGAUACGAUACGUACGCCAACAACUAUAUCGUUGGGAGGGCUGACACCAUCCUUAGUGUUAACACCAAACAAGAAUCCCGUAGGUGUGACACCAAAACCGGGACAAACAUUAUUGAUAGCGACGACCAAAGACGGCCCAAUGAUUGUUCAGCCAUCUCAUGGCACACCUGAUGGUCAUCAUAACAACAUUAUCAGCAAUAACAUCAACAACAGUGCUGUGACAACAACGGCAUCGGUAGUGACAUUAGCAUCGAGAACAGUGAAUACUAGCAGUGCUCCACAUAGUGGUAAUGUUAUGCAACAAUUGAUGACAAACAGUGGUAACCAAAUUCAGCUCCAAUUAGUGACUAGUCGUCCGCAUACACCCAAUGCCAAUAUGGGUCCAGCGGCCAGAACUUUAGCUCCACGUGUUGUUCAGUUACCGCAUAACGUUCGCCUAACGCCACAACUCAUUAGACCGGGAAAUACAGGAUUUGCCGGACAGGGAACAAUAACAUUGCCAUCAAAUUUGGUUCGGGCGGGAACUAUAUUUGUAAAGACUGAGAAUGGACAAGUGCAUAUGGUUAAUGUCGGGCCACCGCCUACACCGCAAACAUCAGCAACAAACACGGCCACAACUUUUCGGUUGCAAAUGCCGCCCAACACCGGUAACGCAACACCCAACACAACAGCUACACCUGUUAGGCCUAAUCAGCAACACAUAGUACUACCCGUUUCGAUGUCGCAGUCGGUAUCGAUGUCGACCAACAAGACGACUACUAUAGCUGCAGCAACACAAGCAGCAGCUGCUGCAGCAGCACAUCAACCAUUACAUAUAUCAACAACAACUGCCAACCAACAGGCGCCCGCCUCAACACCAUCGCAAAUGUCGCCCAAUACGGCUAAGAAAAAAUGUAAAAACUUUUUGUCAACACUUAUACGUCUAGCCAGUGAUCAGCCGCCAAAUGUAGCCAAUAAUGUCAAGAAUCUAAUUCAAGGACUAAUUGACGAUGCAAUACAACCGGAAGACUUUACCAAUCAAUUACAACGAGAACUUAACUCAUCUCCACAGCCUUGUUUAGUACCAUUUCUAAAGAAAAGUCUGCCAUACCUUCGAUUUUCAUUAAUGCAAAAAGAGUUGACCAUCGAAGGUGUGAGACCACCACCUAAUGGAACCGUUACAUUACCGCUACAGACACAGAAUAUUCCACAAAUUCAAAUUGCACAAACACCACCGCGAGCACCGGGACUACAACAAACUGUUAGGUUAUUAACACCGAUGACCAGUUUGAUGAGUACGCAGCCCAGUCCUGUAGUAACAUCGGUUAAUACGACUACACUAUCAAGUGGUGGUCAACGAGUACAAAGUCCAUUAGUUCACAAUGUUGUCCACACAAAACAGUCAACGUCUACACCAUCAUCGACUGGUAAUCGUGGUUCAUCCAAGUCAUCGGCCAAUAAAUCGCGAUCGACUGCCGCCACAACCAAAGAAAAAGAGAAAAAGAAUGCCUUCUCCUCGUCAUCGCUCAGAGACGACGACGAUAUUAACGAUGUGGCGGCUAUGGGUGGAGUUAACCUACAAGAAGAAAGCCAACGAAUUUUGUCAAACGCCGAGACUGUUGGCCAACAGAUCAGGUCCUGUAAAGAUGAAGACUUUCUAUAUACCACACCAUUGCAUAAGAAAAUCAAUCAAAUCGCAAAUAAGUAUGGUUUGGAUGAAUGCUCGCCUGAAGUUGUAUCACUCGUAUCGCAUGCUGUUCAGGAAAGGCUGAAAACAUUAGUCGAAAAAUUGGGUGCUAUUGCUGAGCACAGACAGGAACAGAUCAAAAAUUAUAUGAACUAUGAUGUACUACAAGACGUUAAGGGACAGACAAUGUUUCUUCAAGAGUUAGAUCGCAUUGAGAAACGAAGACAUGAAGAACAAGAGCGAGAAGUGCUUAUAAAAGCAGCUAAAAGUCGAUCGAAAGCUGACGAUCCGGAUCACAUCGCUAUCAAACUAAAGGCUAAAGAAAUGCAAAGACAAGAAAUGGAAGAAUUGAGACAACGAGAGGCCAAUGAAACUGCUUUGCAAGCGAUCGGCAAUCCUAAGAAGAGACUGAAAACAAGUUUCAAUUCAAUGAACAAUAAUAAUAAUAAUUCAUUGGUCGGCUCUUCACCACUCAAUCCAAGCCUUAAUAAUACAUUUUUAUUCAAUUCAAGCACACCAUCAAAGCCUAUGAGACGUAUAAAACGUGUCAGUCUUAAAGAUCUUCAUUUCUUGAUGGAGAUGGAAAAAGACACCGUAAGAAAACCUAUGCUUUACAGGGCUUACCUCAAGUGACACACAGUUUUGACUAAAUAAUAAUAAUUUUCUUUUUGUAAAUUAAACUCAUUAUAGUUAUUAUAUUAAAUGACAUGCAAUUAAUUAUUCAACAAAUCAUAUUUUCAUUGUUAACAUUAAUUAUUAGAUAAUUCAUAAUAAUAGUUAGAUUAAUGUAUAAAUUAAAUUAAAUUAAGUC